GGGGGGUUAAAAGCGCAGUACAACGGGUUUUGUUUUUAUUUGUGUAGAGCGAGGACGGCUUUCAAGGGACCCGUCCUCUUAAUGAAAAUUGAAGACCACUUGAGAAGCCAUGACCAGAACACUGUUAAUGCUCCUGUCUGCUCUCUGCUGCUGCCUAGCGGACAAUGUGGAGCUGCUCCGCACUAAGAGAGGGACCCGUUUUUACAGAGGUGAGCCCGUCAGGGAGCCAGCCAGACGGACGCUUUUGAUUAUUCAUGUCAAGAAGUCUCCACCCUCCUUUGACACCUCCCUUCAAUGUUUGGAUGGUGAGACGUCAGCUGUGCGUGGUUAUUGGGACACUUGGCUGCGAUGGAGGGGACAGCGCGUGGAGUAUUGCCGUUGUGUGAAAGGAAAAGAGUUUUGUCAUAUUGUGCCCAUCAUCAACUGCUACGUUUCUCAGUGCUACAACGGAGGAACCUGUAAGGAGGCCGUGUACACUUCAGACUACAUUUGCCAGUGUCCCCCAGGCUUCAGUGGGACUCAGUGUGAGAUCAACUCCAAUGAGAAAUGCAUUGUGGGUCAGGGUGAAGGAUACCGAGGCACGUGGAGCAUCAGCCAUUCAGGAGCGGAGUGCAUCAACUGGAACUCUACGUCUCUGAGGGGAAGGAGGUUCACUGCUAGGAAAGUGGACGCCAGCAGCCUUGGACUGGGCAAUCACAACUUCUGCAGGAACCCUGACAACGACAGCACUCCUUGGUGUUACAUCUAUAAAGGCACUCAGAUCACCUGGGAUUUUUGUUCCAUGCCCAAAUGUCCAGAAGAUGGGUACCAAGAAUGUGUGCAGGGCUCGGGUCAGUCAUACCGAGGCACGAAAUCCGUCACGAAGAGCGGCUCUCACUGUCUCCCGUGGGAUUCUCCUGCCGUCAAGCGCAAGGUGAACAACGCUUGGGGAUCUGACGCACUGGAGAAUGGACUAGGCAGCCACAGCUUCUGCAGGAAUCCAGACGGUGACGCAGGUCCGUGGUGUCACACCUACAAGAGCAUGCAGCUGACCUGGGAGCUGUGUGACAUACCCAAAUGCUCGAGACGUCCAUCCGUCAUCAGCACUCUUGGCCCACGUGCCCCGACCACUAACAACAAUAACAGAGCAACAUGUGGCCAGCGCUUAGACAACACCCUGAAUCGCCCGGCAUUCCGCAUGUUUGGUGGCAGACAGAGCGACAUAACGGAGCAGCCGUGGCAGACGGCCAUUAACGUUUACCAGGCCCGCCACAGAAAACACUUUCACCGAUGCGGAGGAGUCCUCAUUGACUCCUGUUGGGUCCUGUCUGCUGCACACUGCUUCGAGGACAACGAUAAAGCAGAAAAACUGGAAGUGAUUUUGGGAAGAACCUUCCGGAAGCAGAAUUCCAGCAGCGAACAGAUUUUCCAGGUUGAGAAGUACUGGAAUCACGAGAAAUUCAACAACGAAACAUUUGACAAUGACAUCGCACUCUUGAAGCUAAAGACGGACAUUGGCAUCUGUGCUGUAAACUCUCCAGAGGUUCUUCCUGCGUGUCUGCCUGAACGUGGGCUGGUGCUGCCCGACUGGACCGAGUGUGAGAUCUCAGGCUACGGAAAAGACUCUGAAUUUGCUGCUGAGUUCUCCGAGCGCGUAAAGAGAGGUUUCGUUCGCCUCUGGCCCAAAGAGCGCUGCGUCCCAGACGUGCUGUCCCAGCGCACGGUCACCUCCAACAUGCUGUGUGCGGGUGAUACCCGUGGCCUGGACGAUGCCUGCAAGGGAGACUCUGGCGGCCCGCUCGUCUGUCGCAACAAUGACAAGAUGACUCUGAUGGGCGUGAUCAGCUGGGGCGACGGGUGCGGGCAGAAGGAUAAGCCUGGGGUCUACACCCGAGUCACCAAAUACAUCGACUGGAUCAACAGCAAAAUCAAGGCAAACCCUGUCUAAAGGAAGAGCGACUGCAAAGAUGACGUUGAUGGAUGACCACACCCAUAAACUCAAGUGUGUAAAGCAGGAAAACGCAGAUAUGUUGAUCAUUGUGAAGAUACACAGAGAGAAGUCCACAGGACUCUUGAUUCUGUUGUUCUGUAGAUCUGUUGAUCUAAAUCCAAACUGAUGGAGGUUUUAAACCAGCAGGACCACGCCAACAGAGUGAUCAAUCAUGAGUUUUCAUGUGGACAGAAACACAGGACAAACUCUUUUUCCUCGUUCUGGGCCAUCUUGAUCGUGAUAAUACAUUCUUAUCUCUUAACGCAAGCAGCGUUUUUGUGCAUUUUCUGAAUAUUUCGUCCACCAAAAACUAGAGGUUCGGGCAUUGAACCUAACAGGAAAAACACGGAAUAUUUGUGUAUUCCUCUGCUCUUUCUGGUUGGCUUCGUGCUGUUUUAUACAAAUAAGUCACGGUUGGUAGACAUCAGGUCCGUAGCUAUUUCAAUCCAAAAGCCCACUCCACUCAACACAGGCAUUUACUUUGCACAUCACAGUAGUUCGCAUAAGAAUUUAGGGAUUUUUUAAAGUUUUGUGCAAAGAUUGUGUUUUCUAGAUGUGAGGUUACGUUGCCUCAAUUACAAAUGUUCUGCAUUUGCUUUCUUUGGGGCUGUAGGGGUUGCAGACCAAAACACAAAAUCUAUCUGCUGGUUCAGAUUAUGCUUGUUGUUGCAGUUUGUACUCCUUCAGCUCCCCGCUGCCUUCUAGAUGGGAUUAGAUUUUGACAGGUGGAAGCUCUGAGAUACUCACUCUAUUCAACAAACCCCAUUUUUUUCUUAUGACUUGUUUUUAAAUGAGCUUUUCCAGAGCAUUUAUCCACCAGACACCUGGGUUGAGCCCAGCAUGUAUAUAACAGUUAUAUUGUCUGAUAUAUAACUUUUUAUAUUGUAAAUGACUUGGUGCUGUUCUACAUUGAAACUGCUUAUUGACUGCAAAAAGUAUCUCCUUAACAAACUCACUUUGUUCUGGGAUUGGGUUUUAGAUGUUUUUUUACUAAGUUAAUAUUUAUGUGUAUUUUAUUUUGUAUUGGAGAAACUACUUUUGUAGUGUGUAGUUUAAUAAUUUAUUGUCUCUGUCAUUAUAACCACAUCUGGCAACA